AUGGAAAGCGCGUCCAAUGUAUUGAAUUCGUAUCCUCUGCCGCACCAACAGUUCAGUUCGCGGAUCGCUUUCGCCAACGACUCCAAAGCCGACAACGCUAUCAAUAAAUUGAGAUUCAAGUCGUUGGCGAACAAGAAAAUCACGUCAAGACUUCCACCCAUUGCCAGAUAUGACAGUCCAUACGUUCACAACCAGUUCGCGAGUCAAAGCUUCAGUCAAAGUGUGGAUAGCAUUGACAGCUGCGAUGCCAGCGAUAAGAAUCUCAAUACUAAUGGCUUGGAUCCCAUUCUGCGGAUCAAACAACUGGAGGGGAAUCUGAAGUUUGUGAAAGAGGACUGUCAGCACAUUCUUGAGUCGCUCCACAAAGAGUUGCAAGAGUUGAAGGUUCAGAACAGAGACUUGCAGUUUGAGCUCAUUAUGAAAGGCUCGGUCUCACCACAAAUGCCUCAAUCAGUGUCCAAAGAAGACAUCAUUUUAAUGCCUUUUAUUAGAGGUUCUUUGAAACCCGAUGUGAGGAAACACAUCAAGAGUUUGGAGAACGAAGUGAAACGAUUGAGAUAUGCUUUGGGAGAGACACUCAAAAUGAAUGCAAUGCUUAAAAGUCAAUUACAGGAUCUGAAUACCAGUGCACAUGAAAGACAAACUGAGAAAGAGUUUACUAGCAAUUGGUUGCCGUCGCCGACGGUCUCCGAGUUUCACAAAACGUUUGCUGAGAUUUACAGCACAGAGGAUAGCCAUUUGAAUCAAAACGAGAGCACAAUUAGUUUACCGCGAAUUAUAAGCAAUCGUUUCAAAUGA